UGAAAGCCGCCAUCUUGUCGCGCCGAGCAGCAGAAGAAGACAUGGCUGACUACAGCAACGUGGCUCCGCCGUCCUCCAACUCCGGUGGCGGGAUGAACGACGCUUUUAAAGACGCUCUGCAGCGAGCACGACAGGUAGGAAGACCCAUCGCAGCGAAGAUCGGUGGCGACGGCGUCGCGGCUCCUCCAUCAAAUGAGUUUGGCUACGGAGGCCAGAAAAGGCCCCUGGAGGACGCUGGUGGGUAUUUUCCCAUGCCUAACCUGAAUAUCGACCAACCAGAGACGAAGAAAGUGGCUACAAGUGAUGCCUUUUCAGGAAUGGGAGGAAUGGGUGGUGCCCCAAGGUCAUUAUCAGAAGAGUUCAAGGUUCCAGAUGGAAUGGUCGGCUUCAUUAUUGGAAGAGGGGGCGAACAAAUAUCACGUCUGCAGCAGGAAUCUGGAUGUAAAAUACAAAUUGCCCCUGACAGCGGUGGAAUGCCAGACAGGUCGGUGACGUUAACAGGGCCACCAGAAGCAAUCCAGGGUGCAAAGAGACUACUAUCAGAGAUUGUUGAGAAGGGACGUCCAGCCCCAGCGUUCCACCCCAAUGAUGGUCCGGGAAUGACUGUUCAGGAGAUCAUGGUCCCUGCCUCUAAAGCCGGACUUGUCAUUGGAAAGGGUGGAGAAACCAUCAAAAGCCUUCAGGAAAGAGCCGGAGUGAAGAUGGUCAUGAUCCAAGAUGGACCCCAAAACACCGGUGCAGACAAGCCACUUCGCAUUUCAGGAGAGCCCUUUAAAGUUCAGCAAGCCAAAGAGAUGGUCAUGGAGCUGAUCAGAGACCAGGGCUUCAGGGAGCAGAGGGGCGAGUAUGGUUCAAGAAUUGGUGGAGGCGGCGGCGGUGGUGGUGGCGGCGGAGGAGGAGGCGAUAGCUUGGAUGUCCCUGUCCCCCGGUUUGCAGUGGGUAUCGUUAUUGGCAGAAAUGGAGAGAUGAUCAAGAAGAUACAGAAUGACACAGGCGUCAGGAUUCAAUUUAAACCAGAUGACGGCAGCACACCAGACAGAAUAGCACAGAUCAUGGGUCCUCCUGACCAGGCUCAACACGCAGCUGAGAUCAUAUCUGACCUGCUGAGGAGUGUUCAGGCUGGAGGACCCCCAGGACAUGGUGGUGGCAGAGGGCGAGGCCGUGGGCAGGGCAACUGGAACAUGGGGCCCCCUGGUGGCCUACAGGAGUUUACCUUCACCGUCCCUACUAUGAAGACCGGCCUCAUCAUUGGAAAGGGUGGUGAGACAAUCAAGGGCAUCAGCCAGCAGUCUGGAGCCAGGAUUGAGCUACAGAGGAAUCCUCCACCCAACGCUGAUCCCAACAUCAAAAUGUUCACAGUCAGAGGCUCCCCUCAGCAGAUUGACUACGCCAGGCAGCUUGUGGAGGAGAAAAUUGGGGGACCAGUCACACCAAUGGGCGGCCCACAUGGUCCCCCUGGUCCACAUGGAGGCCCAGGCCCGCAUGGUCUUCCUGGACCACCUGGACCUCCCGGGGCUCCCAUGGGUCCGUACAACCCUGGACCAUAUAACCAGGGACCUCCGGGGCCACAUGGUCCUCCUGCACCUUACCAGCCUCAGGGAUGGGGCAAUGGCUACCCACACUGGCAGCAGGGACAACCUGAUCCAAAUAAAGCAGCAGCUGAUGCUAAUGCAGCAGCGUGGGCAGCCUACUACGCUCAGUGCGGCCAACAGCCACAAGCUCCCAUGACCCCAACAAGUGGCGCUCCCGGCACGACUCAAACCAACGGCCAAGGUGACCCACAGGCUGCAGGUCAGAGUGGACAGGCAGAUUACUCCAAGGCCUGGGAGGAAUAUUACAAGAAAACUGGUCAACAGAGCCAACAACCUCAGGACUACACGAAAGCCUGGGAGGAAUAUUACAAGAAACAAGGUCAAGCGGCCCCUCAGGCCACUGCAGCAGCGGCAGCCUCCCAGCCUGGAGGCCAGCCUGACUACAGCGCUGCCUGGGCGGAGUACUACCGGCAGCAGGCUGCAUACUAUGGUACAACCAGCCCUCAGGCGAUGGGUGCAGCACCACAAGCCCCUCAGGGCCAGUAAUGUGAAGUGGACAUAAAGUAAAUGCUACAUUGUCGAAACAAAAUCCUUUGUUAAAUGUUUGGAUGCAGACGCCUUGAUGAAGAUCUUAAAUUUCCUUGGUUUCAAAGUCUUUCUCACAAAUGGCAGAUUUCCCGGCGAACAUGUCCUCUUUCUUUUGUUUUUGUUUAUUUUUUCUUGUAAAUGCUUUGUUUUUAGUGAGUUAAUUAUACAUAUGGUCAUUCCAGUCCUGUAUCUACAUUAAAUGUGGUUAGAAAUCCUGUUUAUUGAACUGUUGACAUUACCUUGUAAAUCAUCUCAGUUUUAAAAAUGCUAUUGCCUGUUGUGUUUUUGCAAUAAAACAAACUGAAACCUCCUGUGUUGGUAAGUUGGGGUGGUUUAAAAACCAGAAGGGUGGGUUGACAUCAAUUUCUGUAUGUUGUUUUACCUGAGCGGGGGUGGGGGGGGUUGAAGUUUAAACGCAGGCCAAGUGUGGGUUUCAUUGUUCAAAAUGGUCGACUCCAGUUGUGCUGUCCUGUCUCUCUCCAACUGUCUAUAAGGCUCUUAGAUACAUUAUGUGCGUGCAAUGAUCCCGAGUGGUUCAGACCAACAAACGUCCUCUUGUUGAUAGACUAUUUUAAUUUUACACUUCCUGUUUGUCAUUAGAAAGUUGACUGGUAUCUGUGUAUCGUGAACUCAUGCAUUACCUGCGUUGCUGUGGCACUCUUGUUGUUUUUUAAAAUCUUUGCCUGGUUUGACAUUGUUGAGGUAGUAUGCUCUGUAUUUUGCCUUGAUAGACACUUCCUCCUCCACAGGCGAGUUUAGAAAAGCGGUAAGCAAGUGUUUUUCUUAACAUGUUCCUCAGAAAACGUGGUUGCAAGAAAAUGCUGCAUAUUUUUUAGUGUUCUUAUAAACAUAUAUACAUAUAUAUAUAUUCUUGUGCUGUUCUUUUUCCAGGACAGUCAGGUAAAAUUGUAUCGAAAAUGCAUUGAAACGUUUGUCUUGCCCAUUUCUCCAGUUGUGAACUAACUCACAUGUAUAAAUUUGUUUUUUAAAGAAUGUUUUUUUAAUAUAAAAACAUUGCAAAAAAAAAAGAAACGUAUUUCUGCUGUGCCCAUUCUGUUAGUCUUUAUCCAGUAUAAGAACGUAGAUGAUGUUGUAGGGUCGGGGUGGCUAAGCAGUCCUCAUCCAUCAGUUGAGCCCUCCUCUCCUGUAAGUACAAAACUGAUUUGACUCUUGAGAGAAAAAAAAAACGCCUUUUUUGAUGCUUUAUAAACUUUAAGCGAUGUAGUACUUGUCAAAUAUUUCCAUUCCCCCCACCCCCAUGUGUUUGGGUAAGUAUGAAAUGUUCUGAGGAGAGGCUUAAGGACUUGUAGAUUCUUGAUUCUCGUAACCAUAUGUUUCUGAGACUUGCCUUGUGUGACAGUUUAACAUGACUCUUCACAGUCGUAGCGUGUUCUAGUUUCUGUGUAGGAAGCAUUUUCAGUGCCAGUUGGAUUUCUGAGGCUUGAAUGUCAGUUUUUUUCACUGCUGGUAGGAACUGUUUAAGGAUGUCAUGUGGUUUCUCAUUUCUGACCCUGCCAAGUGCCAUUGUCUAGUCGAGACUCAUGUUUUUAAAAAGAAAUGCCAUUCACUGCAACAUAUUGCUUAGACAAGUCCCACUGCAUAUAUCCAGUGUAGCAUGCUUAGGUUUCUGCUCUUAUUUCUUCAAUGUCCUAUAUGAGCAUGUGGAAUGAUGCGAGUAGCGGAAGUGUUUCUCAGUAGCUCCGUUUUGAUGAUGACAUUUAUUCUGAAUGAGCUCUGAUGUUGAAAGGCUGUUGAUUAUUUUUUAAAAAGUCAAAACAAUCUCUGCAUUGUUCACUGAUGGCAAACAGUGCGAUAUCUGAUCUUUGCAGUGUCGUCCCUGACCUUGCACCUUAGGUUCUGCCGCAAAAACACAGGUAAGCGAAACCUAAGGAAACCAGUGUUUCUGUUCAGUGACAUGACCAAUAUGACAUGCAAAGAAAAUGCUUACCUGUGUCGUUAACAUGCCUUCAAUGCAUUCAUGCUUAGUCGUAAAGAUAUUUUUGAAAGUCUGAACAGUCCUUAUUUCUUUUAAAAAGAAAGAUGAUCUGCCUUCAUGAAUGAAAUGCAUGACGUGACUUGUAUGACUUGUUACAUAUGAAGUUUGACUUUUCAACAAAUCAGAAAAAAAGCUGUUGUGUAGAUUAACUGAGGAAAUGUCUUUAUCGUAUGUGCUUUAAAUGAUGAUGAUAGCCUUAUGUUUGCAUUCCUGGUAAGUCUGAUAGCGAUUGUACAAUGAUUUAGUCAACUCUGACCCUGGUGUAACAAACUGCAUGCCAUGCAAACCUGUUGCCAGACGUUAGCCAUGUCCUGAGCUGUUAGGUUUUCACCUGAACGGUGAAACACAUGAUUCAUUUUUAUUUUUUUAAUAUCCUAUUUCUCCUGUCGUGGUGUGAAUCUGCCCUCAAAGUGCAGUGCAAAAUCUCUUAUUGAAACGCUGCUGCCUUCACUUCUCGCUCACAGUGUUGGAGGACGCUGCAGGCUUAGGUCGUAGAGUCAGGCCCUGUCGUAGUUUGCUCCCCCCCACAAAAAGGAGGAAUCCUUUGAGUCAGAGCUCCGGUGAUAAGGUAAAAAAAAAACAAAAAAACAAAACCCAGCAACGCAUUGAAAUUUAAAAUUCUGUGAUUGCAAAAGUGUUGGUCAGAUUCAUGUUUCUCGGAUGAUUUCUCUCUUUAAACCAUGCCAUAGUGUAUUUAGAGCUGUCUGAUGGUUAACUGCUUGAAUGCUUGCAUUAGUAACAUUAAGUGAACGGGUGUGGGGUAGAAAGUUGGACGAGGACAGGAACUUAAUACAUUUUCUAUAACAUAUGCACUGUUUCUACUGGGAGUAAUAUUUGGGGUAUGAACAACUUUUCUCUGUAGUUUAAAAGGUCACAUGUGUUUAUUUGAGGCUUUUCACUCUGUACGUGUCAGAUGCUCAGUGUUUCAACACAGAGUUGGAGUGGGUGUAGAAGACUAAACAAGGAGCAUGCCUUAGAGGUAAAGAGGUUUCAUGUGCUGUGUAUAUUCAAUUUAUUGGUUUGUUUUAUUCAGUGAACUGUUCUGACUUAACAUGUUGCCAUGUUCAUCAAUAAAGUUGUAUUAAACA